AUGGACGCAUGCGCCAGAGCAAGUCACUCGAGUAGGUGGCUGGCAUCCAACCGGUGCUUGCAAAGCUUGAGAACUUCGUUCUGCGAGGCAAACAUAAUCCUUUUCAACAGUGCGAUCACCGCCUGCGAGCGGAGUUCUCAGUGGGCCACGGCUUUUCAGCAUCUUCAUCUCCUGUGCCGUAUGGCCUUGUGCCCUGACGGGAUCACCCGGAAUGCCCUCCUGACUGCCUUGAGAGGCGGCUUUUGGGGGCGGGCCAUCGAGUUGCUAUCCAUUUCCUGUUUGACUUUGCAGCGAAGCUGCGUCACGCUGAAUGCUCUCGCUGCCGUACAGGCCAACACGGACACCUGGGAACUGGCCUUGGACACCCUUGCCGGUAUGGCCCAAGAACACCUGGAACCGGAUGUUGUGACGCUUGGGACUCAAGUGACCACCUGCGUUAGUGGCACACAGUGGCAACGCAUCCAUCGCAGCCUCCGCAUCCUGAAGCUGCAGCAGAAACAAAGCCUCGUGACCUUGAACGCGGCAAUCUCAUGCCCAGAAUGGCGUACAUCGCUGUGUUUGGCUCAAAGAACAGCCACGGGGGAAUUUGGCUGCUCGGCCGAUGUGAUCACUUUUAACACAGUCGCAAGUGUUUGUGAGAAGGCACGUCGAUGGGAGCAAUCCAUGCUUGUGUUGCAAGCGUUUCAGGGCUUUAGGCUGAGUCCAGAUACUUGCACCUACAACGCAGCACUCAGUGCUUGCGAGAAGUGCAGUCAGUGGGAGAAGGCGAUCCAUUUACUUGCUCACAUGGCUGACCAUGAGGUGAUCCCAGACACAAUUUCUUACAAUGCUGCCAUUGCGGCGUGUGAUUCAUGCUGGGAGAAUGCUUUGGCACUUCUGCAUGCAAUGCAAGUUGGGACUACGGCCGUAGAUCGAAUCAGCUACCACAGUGCCAUCGGCGUGUGCGUCGGCAGUCGACAGUGGGAAAUGGCACUGACCCUUUGUAAGGAUAUGUUGAAGCAAAAUAUCCAAGCAGACUCAGUGUCCGUGAGCUUGGAGAUUGGUGCACAGGAGCAGGGAGGGAGAUGGGUUCAUGCAGUCAGCAUCUGUCGCGGCGUCGCUAUGAGGGGCCUGGAAAACAACGAGUUCACCUACGGUGCGACGUUGAGUGCAUGCAAAGGCCGGUGGCAUGAGCUGCAUUGCCAUCCAAAACUCCUGACGACCACAUUGUUUGGAGCAGCCCUGGGCACCGUGAUGGGUACCGAAGAUAUCUUGCCUUCGCCUGGCGUUUCUGGAUCCCCGGUCACAUUUGUGGCCUGGGUGCUGGAUCUCUUUAGCAGGCGUCGUGUAAGUCCCAGCGCUGCAGCCUAUGCGACAGCGCUGGAGAAUCAAGCCAGGGCAGGUGCGUACAGUGCUGGCAGCGGUGACAGCGGCGGGGGUGUGGCGGGGCCACACCUCGCCGCAGAGCUCGCUGGCUGCUCCCUUGCCUCUCUCCGUGAGACUUUCUUGGGGGAAAAAUAG